AUGCCCACUCUCUACCCUGCAACUGGUUUUGGCCUUUUGGGGGGCUGCCACGAACCAAGUUUUCAAGCCGGAGGUGCAGUCUACAGUGACUUAACUAUGGUCGAGAAGAAAGUCAUAGCCAUCUGCCAGUCGGGUGGAGAAUUCCAAACCAAUAUGGAUGGCACGCUCUCUUAUGCAGGCGGCGAUGCUCAUGCCAUGGAAAUCGAUGACAAGAUGAAGUUCAAGGAUUUCAAGUCGGAAGUAGCCGAGAUGUUCAGCUCCAACCUCGGCAGCAUGGCCAUCAAAUACUUCCUUCCUGGUAACAAGAAGACCCUCAUCAGCAUUUCCAAUGAUAAAGACCUCAAACGCAUGAUCAAAUUCCAUGACGACUCUGCCACCGCCGAUGUUUAUGUCAUGACGGAGGACGUUGCUGAUCCGGAUGCAUCCCACAUGCCUGCCAGUAGAUCGAGCCGUACAACGCUAUCAGGAGCUGGGCUUCCACUUGAAAAUGCCUCCCCUAGCAUCAUGAACAACAUGGCAGAUGGCAUAAAUAUGCCGAGCCUCCUGGAUGGCGCCGUCUUUGAUGUGGGGUGCACUGAUGGCGACCAUGAUGCACCGUUUACUGAGGAAGAGUCAGCUUUGCGCAUUGAGUUCCCCAUGCCAAUCUCCAUGGAUGUCUCGUACGAAGAGAAACACUCCAAGGCCGCGGAGCAGUGGCAGAACAGCAUCACAGGUGUGGGCCAGAGGUUUAACAGCGUGCAUGAGUUCCGUGAGGCCUUGCGGAAGUAUGCAAUUGCCCACCGGUUCGCAUUCAAGUACAAGAAGAAUGACAGCCACCGUGUGACGGUGAGGUGCAAGGCCGAUGGUUGCCCCUGGAGGGUCCACGCCUCCCGCCUCUCAACCACCCCCCUUAUCUGCAUCAAGAAGAUGAACCCAGCCCACACGUGUGAAGGCUCAGCCCUGGCCACGGGCUACCAAGCCACACGAAGCUGGGUUGCCAGCAUCAUCAAGGAGAAGCUCAAGGUGUUCCCCAACUACAAACCCAAGGACAUUGUGAACGACAUCAAGCAGGAGUACGGGGUCCAGCUCAACUACUUCCAGGCAUGGAGAGGGAAAGAGAUCGCUAAGGAGCAACUGCAAGGCUCGUACAAGGAGGCGUACAGCCAGCUCCCAUUCUUCUGCGAGAAAAUAAUGGAAACGAACCCAGGUAGCCUUGCCACCUUCACGACCAAGGGCGACUCGAGCUUCCACCGCUUUUUUGUCUCUUUCCGGGCCUCCCUGUUUGGUUUCGAGCAGGGAUGCCGCCCUCUGCUCUUCCUGGACAGCACUUUCCUCAAGUCGAAAUACCAGGGAUCCCUGCUGGUAGCCACCGCAGCCGAUGGGGACGACGGGUUCUUCCCGGUCGCCUUUGCCAUAGUUGACGUGGAAUCAGAUGACAGCUGGCGGUGGUUUCUGCAGCAGCUCAAGGCCGCAAUCCCCACUGCAUGCCGUGGGCUGACGUUCGUGGCCGACCGGGAGAAAGGGAUCAGGGAGUCGAUUGCCGAUAUUUUCCGGGAUGAGGAUGUUUUUCAUGGGUUCUGCCUGCGGUACCUCUCGGAGCAGCUCAUCCGUGACUUGCAGGGACAAUUCUCGCACGAGAGGUACGUAGACAGCAUAAAGAACAUCUCGUUGGACGCGUACAACUGGGUGAUGCAGAGCGAACCCGUGCAUUGGGCAAAUGCAUUCUUCCGGGGGGCGAGGUACAACCACAUGUCAUCUGAUUUUGGGGAGCUGUUCUACGGGUGGGUAGCGGAUGCGCAUGAGCUGCCCAUAACCCAGAUGGUCGACACCGUCCGUGGAAAGAUGGGUGAGCUCAUGUAUGCCCGCCUGGCAGACUCGACAGGGUGGACCAGCCGGAUGACCCCAUCCAUGGAGGAGUUACUCGAGAGGGAAAGUCUCAAGGUCAGGACUCUUCAGGUCUUGAUAUCGGGCGGUAACAGGUUCGAGGUCCGUGGAGAUACUAUAGAAGGCGUCGACGUCGACAGCUGUGAGUGCACGUGCAAAAUGUGGCAGAUUAUGGGAAUUCCUUGCUGUCACGCAAUUGCCGUGAUUGGGUGUCUCGGGCGGGAUCCGUACGACUAUUGCUCAAGGUACUUCACAGCCGAGAGCUACAGGUUGACGUAUUCGGAGGUGGUGCACCCGAUUCUGGGUUCGGGUGGGCCGUGGGAGACGGGCGGAUGUCAGGGGGCAGUGACGGUGAACCCACCGCCGACAAGGAGGCCGCCGGGCCGGCCGACGACCAAGAGAGUGAGCUCACAGGAUGCUGGGAGGCGGCAGCUGCAGUGCAGUAAGUGCAAGGGGACGGGCCACAACAAGUCGACAUGUAAAGGUUUUCUGUUGGAAUGUUGA